GUCUCGUCCUUCACAUUGAUUGUGACCUGGCUUUUUGCAUAAAAUUUAUAUCGAUGACGCUAGUCCUCUUUCUGAAUAAUCGAUACCUUCACAUGCUCACUCUAUCUGUGGUUUAACUUCCUUGACGCGCGGACACGUGAACACGUGAUAACGUGUUUCUGUAUACCUGCGGGUCUACAACUGAAAACAUUCGCGCUUUUGACCUGACGAUUGAAAUGACUGAAACGAGCAUUACAGGAGAUAGUGGUGUAUCAAGAGAGGCAGCAACGCCCCUUUUUCAAGGGAAGCAGUUCUGGUUGUCUCACAACAUCCCCCAAAGGAGAUGGUUCAAGGAAUUGAUUGAGAAAAACGGCGGUACUAUACGGCUGCUAGAGAAGGAUGCAGAUAUCAGAUUGGUUGAUCAUAAGAGAAAGAACUUACCCUCUGACACGUACUCUUUCAAAUAUGUCGAAGACUCACACCGCCGGGGAAAGCUACAGAAUCUAGAGAAUUAUAGAGCUGGGCCUUCUGAAGCACGCCCCGUAGGGGCUACCAACAUUCCCACCAGAGGCCAUAAGAUCCCCUAUACUCUUGAAGAUGACCAGUUGCUCUGGGAUUGGAUGCAACCCCACGAGAGAAACCCCAAGGCUACCAUUAGAGGCAAUAAGAUCUAUCAAGAGCUAGCCGAGAAGCAUCCAAGGCACACGUAUCAAUCAUAUCGGGAUCGGUACCUCAAAAGGCUCAAGGGGCAUCCACGCCCUGGUGGCAUGCCAGAUUCAACAGAUCAACCUGCACCUGACGAGCCCUCCGACUCAGCCACUCGCGCGGUCCAGUCUGAGCCUCGAGGAGGGUCUGCACAAGGGGCUGAAUCUACUGCCAUCCAAUCAAAUGACAAGAAAAGGAAACGGGCUUCUGAGGAUACUCCUGAUGAGGACAAUGUAGACAACCCUAACAAGCCCAGUCAGAAGAAACGAGCUACCGAAAUCAAUAUCAACCUUCCAGACCCUUUCAUCUCCGAACCUCAGACAAAAGUGGCUGCAGUAUCACAUUCAGCGACAGCAUCCAACGGCCAGAGACCAACUCUUGGGGCAACGGAGGCGAGAGAACGUGGGGCCACUCAGGAAUCAAAGGCCCCAGCUAAGGAGCCACACCAGCCUUCACAGCCAGACCCUUUGUUUCUAGAGCUCCCAUUCUUGCCUUCGGAUGAUGAUCCUGAAGACGAAGAUAUGGAGCAGGAUAUCGAUGCAUGGAUCGAUGAACGACUUCAUACUGGAAAGGCUCAGCAUGAGGAACAAAUACACCAAGCACUGCGGUGCACCAGCAUGGAUCCAGAAUUAGCUGACAGGGUCCUGGCUAUCCUAGUAGAAGGGAAACCUAUACCGGAUGAUAUGCCCGGUGUUUGGACACCUGAAGAUGACAAAUGCAUAGAAGGAAAUGAGACUCGAGGCAUCCAACGAGUCAUGGAGAAGCAUGGGACGGAGGCCUUCAACAAUCGCUGGGAGUACCUCAGCAUGGUCAGAGAGGCCGGUCUUCUGGAUACCCUAUGAAUAGGACUGCCGCAAUUUCAAUAUUCCGGAACUGCGAACUAAUAAAUAAUAAUGUACAUGGAUC